AUGGUGUGGUCAUUAGUACUAGGCAGUUCUGGGUGUGGCAAAACAAAUUUAAUGUAUUUCUUACUAGUUUUACUAGUCGAUGAAAACGGAUUACGAUUUGAAAAUGUUAACAUACAUUCAAAAAUGCUUGAUCAGCCAAAGUAUAAACUACUAAAACAGAUUAUUAAUGAAAUCGAUGGUGUACAAAUAUUCAAUUUUUUCAAAAAUGAUAAAGUCAUUCCACCAGAAAAAGUUUUACCGAACUCUUUGUUUAUUAUGGACAAUAUUAUCGGAGAACAACAAACUGUUAUUAAAGAAUAUUUUUCUCGAGGACGAUACAAUAAUGUGGAUAUAUUCAGCUCAGAAUUAUUCGAAAAUACCUAA